AUGGGAGAGAUAUUUAGCUGCAAGAAUGAGUUGAGCCGGUUCCUGGGCCCCGUCCGGGACAGCCGGUUCCUGGGCCCCGUCCGGGACAUCGGCAACUUUGACUUCAAUCAUGGGCUGGAGCUCUCCCGGUGCCCCAGGGAGGAGCAGCACCAGCAGCACCUGUGGCAACAUCAGCACAGCCGGCACCUGGAGCGCCCUGGGGCCCACAACCCCACUGGACUGGCGCAGUGCCUGGACCCUGGCUGCACCCGCCCUGCCAGGUGCCCCUCCAACUACUGCAGCAAGGGCUGCGGCGUCAAGCUGGCCACCAGCCAUAUCUACGAGAUCCUUCCACAGCCGAUCCAGCAGUGGCAGCAGAUCGCCUGCAUGGAGGACGAACAUGGGAAGCGGCUGCUGAGGCAGAUCCAGCAGGAGCAGCACCAGGCCCGGCUCCAUCUGCAGGAGAUGGAGCAGCACUUCCAUGAGCUGGAGGGGCUGAUUGCCCAUUCCAAAGGGCACCCGCCCCACAAGCAUAAGGACAGCAUGGAGGGUGACAGUGAGGACACAGACUUGCACAUCUUCUGUGUCUCCUGCAGCCACCCCUUCAACCCCACGGUGUCCCUGCGCUACAUGGAGCACUGCUAUGCUAAAUACAAGGGUCAGACCUCCUUCAGCUCCAAGUACCGCACCCACAUUGAGGGAGCCACCUGCCUCUUCUGCAACAUCUACAACUCGGAAAAAACCUACUGCAAGCAGCUGCAGGUGCUGUGCCCCGAGCACUCACAAGACCAGGUGCUGGUGGAUGAGGUGUGUGGGUGCUUGCUGGUGAGGGACACCUUCAAGCCAACGGGAUUCUGCAGCAUCCCGAAGUGGAAGUGCCACUGACAAUACUGCUGGCAGAAGCUGUGCCACGCUGAGGUGGACCCAAAGCAUGUCCCCCUGUGGUACAAGCUCGACAAGCUCUUUGAGCAAGAAUGCAAUGUCUGGCCUGCUAUGACCAACCAGGCGGGGCUGCUGGCCCUCAUGCUGCACCAGGCCAUCCAGCAUGACCCCCUCACCACCCAGCUGUGCUCUGACUGCUGA